AUGGUCAAGGAGUAUUUCUCGAUAGAUAGUCUGGGCAUUAUGAAAAUGAGUAAAGAUUUGCUGUCAACAGAAGAUCAACGAGCCGGCUCACUUCUUCAAUCGCUUACAAAAUUCAAUGGUACUCGGUACGAAACCGGGCUUUUAUGGCGAUACGAUGGUGUCCGUUUGCCAGACAAUAAGGAAAUGGCACUACGUCGUUACCACAACCUCGAAAAGCGGUUGCAGAAAGACUCGGAACUAGCCCGUACUCUGCAGCAGAAGAUGUUGGAGUACCAAGCCAAAGGAUAUGUGCGUAAACUUACCGAUGAAGAGCUGAGCAGGAACUAUCCAAGAGUGUGGUAUUUGCCCGUCUUUCCGGUUUUUAACCACAAUAAGCCUGGGAAAAUUAGAAUCGUAUGGGACGGUGCUGCAAAAGUCUUCGGUGUUUCUCUAAACUCAACUCUGUUAACAGGCCCCGACCAGCUGUGCUUGUUUGCGAUACUGCUGCAAUUCCGUGAACAUCGUGUGGGCGUAACAGGGGAUAUAAAGGAGAUGUUCCACCAGGUUCUUAUGCGAGAGGAAGAUCAACAAUGUCAUCGGUUCUUUUGGAAGGACGAUGCUGGCGAGAUCAAGGUGUACGUAAUGAACGUAAUGUCGUUCGGAGCUAGUUGCUCCCCAGCCUGCGCUCAGUACGUAAAAAAUGUAAACGCGGAACGCUUUAUGGGAGAGUUUCCAGAGGCAGUCGACAUCAUAAAGAAACGCCAUUACGUGGACGACGCGAUGUUCAGUACCGAGACGCCUGAGCAUGCUAUUCGUCUGGCACAAGAAGUUCGACAAUUGCAUUCUGCGGGUAAAUUUGAAAUUCGUAACUGGACGAGCAACUCGCGACGAGUGUUGACUGUCUUAAAUGAGACCAGUACUGCAGAGAAGAGUAUGGAUUUAUCAGUGGGACCAAUGGCUACGGAGAAAGUGUUCGGCAUGUGGUGGUGCACAACAUCCGACGAGUUCGUGUACAAAAUAGGAUGGAAUCGCUACAAUCCUGAUCUGUUUACCGGACGUUGUCGGCCGACAAAACGACAGAUGCUCCAGGUUCUCAUGACCAUCUUCGAUCCUCUAGGUUUGAUCUCGCACUUUCUUAUGUUUCUCAAAGUUCUUCUCCAAGAAGUGUGGCGAGCCGGCGUUCAAUGGGAUGAGGAGAUCCCCGACACUCUGUACGAAAAAUGGCUAAAAUGGUUGAAAGUGUUACCUGAUAUAGAAGACGUCAGAAUUCCACGGUGUCUUCGGUCGCCAGCGAUUCCUAGCAAUUCUGAUGUACAAUUGCAUCUAUUUGUAGAUGCCAGUGAGAAUGGUAUAGCUGCAGCUCUGUUCCUCCGCUUUGAAUACCAUGGUGCUAUCUGCUGCUCUUUAGUUGCGGCCAAAACAAGGGUAGCACCCUUAAGAUUCCAAUCCAUCCCGAGGCUGGAGUUACAAGCAGCCCUCAUAGGUGCUAGGUUGGUACGAACGGUUACGCAAUCCCUCUCAACCCCAAUACACCGCAAAUUUUAUUGGACCGACUCACGCGACGUACUAAGCUGGAUAAAUUCAGAUCACCGACGAUUCAACACAUUCGUUGCCUUUCGGGUUAGCGAAAUACUCGACGUUACAGAAGCAGCAGAUUGGCGCUGGGUACCGUCAAAACUGAAUGUAGCAGACGAUGGCACCAAGUGGGAAACGCAGCCCGACACUACCCCGGAAUCCAGAUGGUUCCGAGGUCCCGACUUCCUCUACCGCAGUGAAGCGGAAUGGCCCCAAGUUUCCUCAAAGUCCGCACAUACAGUCAACGAGUUGCGGCCCUCCUUUGUGGCUCAUCACCUCGCUCCCGAUUCCUUCAUCACCAUCUCGAAUUUCUCAAACUGGAAACGGCUAACCAACGUAACCGCUUACGUGCACCGUUUCAUCGCAAAUUGCCAUCGCAAAAGAUUGAAAAAGCAUGCCGUAGGCGGCCCAUUAUCCAAAGAGGAACUGUACGAGGCCGACGGUUCUCUGUUCCGCCUAGCUCAACGAGAAGGCUACCCCGACGAGAUAGUCCGACUUACCAAAAACCAAAACGAUGCGGAUAGGAUCAUCCCCAAAAAUAGCCAACUGUACAAGCUAUCACCCUGGCUGGAUGACCGCGGAGUAAUGCGGAUGCGUAGUAGAAUAUCUGCCUGCGACUACGUUACCGAAGAAAAAAAAACGACCGGUAAUCCUUCCCGUACAUCCUGUGACCACCCUGUUGAUUACCCACUACCACGAAAAGUUCAAUCAUCAAAACCAUGA